AUGUAUCUGAGCCAUAUCCUGCUUUUAGUUUUAACUGUUUUCAGCACCUGUGCGACAUCCUUUAACUAUACAAGCUGUGACCAGGCGAAGCAGCCAAAGUUUCUAAGUUCAUGUUGCGAUGUUCAAAAAAACGACAAGGCCAUCAAAGCUUGUCGUAAGUCCUUGCUGAACAGUAACUCAACCAGUGACAAUAAAUUGAACUCGCCCAAUCUUAAAUCGGAUAAGGUAGCUCUCCACGCAUGCAUUGCGGAGUGCUCCUUCAAGACCAAUGGCUUUUUGUUGACCAAUGGAAGCGUCAACGUGGAGGCAUUACAAAAGAGUUACCAGCAGCGCUACAAAAACGACCAAAAUAUGGCCCAACUGAUGGUGAAGAGCCUCAAAAGCUGCACGGAUUAUUCUCUGAAGCGAAGUCAGCAAUAUCAAUGGAUGCACACAAAGGGUGAAUGCAACUACUAUCCUGCCAUCUUGUUGGCCUGCAUCAUGGAGCAGGUUUACGUCAAUUGUCCAUCCACCAAAUGGAAAAACACCAGCGAUUGUACAGCCAUGCGUAAAUAUUUGAUUGCCUGUGACGACGUCGAAAGCAACAGGAAAUAA